AAUCAAUCAUGGCGGCAUGAGUUGAAAUUAUCUGCUGACUAGCUAAUUCAAAACAACUACAAACACUGGAUAACAUCUAUAUGUAAGUUUGCUUCGUUGUUGGCAGUAACACGUUGGACCUAGAAGAACCAUAACCUAUCAGUAGUCCACCGUGAAAACCACUGCAUUAUUGACAACGCAAUGGAAGACGAAGAUGUUUCUGCCGGGGAUCAGGUGGAGAAGUGUGAACCCUUCACUGCCGAGAUCUACGCCGCAGAGUCUCUGGCUGCUGACAUGGACCCUUGGAUUACAUUUGACGCUCGCAAAACCCCCAGAGCAAAGUUUGAGAGCUGGCUGGAAACUAACAAGCCCUCACAGGUGUCCCGUUAUGGGGAUGAAGACGGUGGUAGAGGCCCUGUGGGGUGGAUCUGUAUAAGAGGACCAGACUAUUAUAGCAGCUCUGGAGAUGUUGACAGCCUUCUGGAGAGUUGGGAUUGUUUGCUUGAGAGCGGCAGGCCGGUCAACUUCCAGACGGUGAAAGAGCUGGCACUGAACCACAAUGUGCUCAAAGGAAAAUGGCUAAUACACUUGGAAUCUGGAUUCAAGGUGGACCAUGCAUGGGAGGGCAUAACUCGAGCAGCACUAGAAGGGGAGAUCGACUGUGCUAAAGUAAGCACUCAGGACCCAAAGAACCCAAGACACGUCAUCUGUGUCUACAACAAGAACUUUACAGACGAUAACCAGGUGAUGAGGCUAGACACUGUCAUUAGGGCCACAGGGGUGAAGUGUUUUAUCUCCUAUAAGCCUGAUGUGUACACGCACCUGGGCAUAUACCGCAAUAACCGCUGGAAUCUUAGUCCUACCAUAUUCGAAAGCAAGUUCGACCUUAAGUGUGUGCCCAGGCGCUCUCACGUUGUCAACAAAAUUACCAACCUGGAGGUCACUUAGGGCUGCUAGGAGGAAUAAGCAGUUCUACAACAGGCACGUUUCAUUGGUAGUGGUGCUGUACUGACUGAAAUUUUUGGUUUCAGUUAAUUGCCCCCCAGCGAGUGGGAUUUUGUGCUGCCUUCAGGUCAAUGUGACCCACCGUCGGGGUGCAAAAAGUGGGUCACAAUGACCCGAAGGCAGCACACCGUAGGCUAGGCUACUUCCUGUAAAUAAUAGCUUACACUUACAAACACAUUUACUCAUUCUGAAGAGUAUCUGAUUGUGUGGAACAAAGUCCACGUCUGCC